UCUGUUGUUUUCACUCUUAAGAACUUAUUGGUAUCUCUCUCCCUUUCAAUUGAAUGACAUUAGAAUUAAAACAUUUUGAGGAAGUUUCACCUACCACUAAUGGUACAAUUGUGAUUGAACAAAGAAGAGGAGAAGUGAUCUGGUUUAACAGAUAUGGAAGGAGAAGUGAGAAAAUAUAGAGAGAGACAAGCUAGGGUUCAAAGGGGACUAGUCAUACAAGAACAACCCAUAUUUCAAAACAUGCAGCACAAUCAAGUGCCUGAAUCAGACAGGAGGAGACUUAGUCUUGAGAACUUACCUGGCCUGUACAACUUGUCUUGUUCACAACUACUGGCUCUGGCUAAUAACACACUCGGCACAAGUUCAUCAGUUGGUGCAUCACCAAGUUCUCAAUAUUUGAUGGAUUUUUGGAUUGAUAGCUCGAGUAUGGAGUCUAAUCCGUUGAUUUCCAACCCUGGAUCCUCCCUUGGGAUAAAUACAGGCAUUCCUGGAGAAAGGACAAUGCAAACACCACAACAUGAUGUGCCAACUCCACAGAAGUUUCUUUGUGACCUUAAUCUUACACCUGAAGAGAUGGUGAGCACCAGUUUCCAACCAACAGAACCUGAGAUUCCUCCUGUGACAUUAGAUACGCCAGGAACAAGAUUGUCUGAAACUGAUCAGAAGCCUCAUGACCCUAUCAAGAAGUCUAUUCUUGAAACUGGAUCUCCUUCAGGAGUAAAGAGAAGAAAGAGACCACGAAUUGAUGAGAAUGCGCAGCUGAAAACACCAGCAUCAAAGAGAAAAAAGAUCAGGCCGAAGGUCGUUCGUGAAGCCAAAACAAACGAAGCCUCAUCUAAAUCAGGGAUUAAAAAACCCUCUGUUUCUGCUGCGACUGCUACUAAACCUUCUGAAGAGAGCAGUUACAUUCGGCCUAAAAGGUCGAGAAAAAGGUCUGUGCGACUUGACUUUGACCUUCAAGACGAAGACCAGGAGUAUUGUGGUCUCGACUUCCCUUCAGAAUAUCGCACAGGUGGGGAAGGACCAACACUUGGGCUAUUUGGUAGCAUCCCAAAAGGAAGACGGAAAAAAAGAAUCCAUGCCAAUAAGAGACAACAAAAAAUCAAUCCGUCUUCAGAACGAGGCAAUGAUUGCCUCAGUUCUACGCUGUCUCUUGUCAACACAGGACCAGCAGCUUUCUCUGAGUCAGAAGAAGACAUUGCAAGUAAUUCACACAUUUAUCAAAGCUUGGGAAGAAAAAGAUCAAGAUUAGUGACCAUACCGAGGAACUUUGGGUCACUGGCGAAACUUUUAGAAAGUAUUGUACCAAGCAAGUGCAGUCUUCCGCUGCUUAAUGUCUCGGAGAUACAACCAAAAGUGCCUAGGAAGAAGCGGAGACAAAGAGAUCCUUUAGCAAGCCAACUCAAUGCAAGGAUACUACACAGAGAGUGGCAAAGUCCAAAACCAAAAGUUACAUCAUUUGCUGAGAUGUGGAUUAGAAGUAUGGAACUCGAUUCCGUCACUAAGAAGCUUCAAGAGCUGGAUAUCAACAAGAAGUUUCAAGAAAGUGCACUUGUUCUAUACCAAACCUUAUAUGAAGAGCAACGCGUACUGAUAAAAUAUAGCAAGAAGCAGCUACCAAAAGUAGAUAUAGAUCCCGAGACAAAUCGAGUAUUUAAACUCUUGAUGUCGAGUAUCAACAACGACGGUGUUGACGGAUUGGAUGAGGACAAACGCAAAUGGUGGAAAGAUGAGAGAAACGUGUUCCAUGAGAGAGCAAACUCGUUCAUUGCUAGAAUGAGUAUAGUGCAAGGGGAUAGGACUUUCUCACGUUGGAAAGGAUCUGUUGUGGAUUCAGUAGUGGGAGUUUUCCUCACCCAGAAUGUUGCAGAUCAUUCAUCAAGUUCUGCAUAUAUGGAUCUUGCCGCUGAGUUUCCUGUCAACUGGAACUUCAACAAGAGAUCAUCUCUUGAAGAGUGGGGAAGUUCAGCAACUUCAAAUCCAAGAAUUCGCAAGUCAACUUGUGUCAUCAUAGAGGAGAUUGAUGAUGAUGAUGAUGAGGACGGCACUGAUGCUGUUUGUGCUCAUGAAUCCUCUAAAACCAGUGACAGUUCCAUGAGCUCUACAAAUCAGUCAACAAUGACGCUGCUGGAUCCAUCUGCGGGCACGUCUACUUCUUCUCACUGUGAACUGAACCUAAAUGAAGUACCACAUGAAGUAGAGAACUGUGAUGUUGAUGCACUCACAAACAAAUUCUAUGAAGAAAUUCAGGUUCAACAUAUGUCGAGCCAUCAACAAGAACUGGACAGUACCCUUCAGGCACAAGACCAGGAAAAGAACACAAGAAAGGAGGUUGUGAAGAACAAGGAGAAGAAGAAACCAACUACUUCCAGACCAGUAGGUCGACCACCCAAAAACAAGGUGAAGGAAUCAAAGAAAAAGUCAAAGAAACCAGCAAAGAGCAAGCUGGAAGACAGCUUUGACUGGGAUAGUUUGAGAAAGCAAGUAGAAAGUGGUGGCAAAAAGAGAGAGAGAACAGAAAGAACGCUGGACACAGUUGAUUGGGAUGCACUUCGGGGUUCUAGCGUCAACAAGAUCGCUGCUAUAAUCAUAAAAAGAGGAAUGAACAACAUGCUUGCUAAGAGAAUCAAGGACUUCCUAAAUAGACUGGUUGAAGAACAUGGAAGCAUUGACUUGGAGUGGCUAAGAGAUGUUCCCCCUGACAAAGCCAAGGAGUAUCUACUAAGCAUAAACGGAUUAGGAUUGAAAAGUGUGGAGUGUGUUAGACUUUUGUCACUACACCAGAUUGCAUUCCCUGUUGACACCAACGUUGGACGCAUAGCUGUGAGACUAGGAUGGGUUCCUUUACAGCCACUACCUGACCAGCUGCAAAUGCACCUUUUAGAGCUGUACCCUGUAUUGAAUUCAGUUCAAAAGUAUCUCUGGCCACGCCUCUGCAAGCUUGACCAAAAAACCUUGUACGAGCUGCAUUACCACAUGAUCACAUUCGGAAAGGUAUUUUGCACCAAAUUAAAACCCAAUUGCAAAGCAUGUCCAAUGAAAGCGGAGUGCCGACACUACGCUAGUGCACAAAGGGCACGUCUUGCUCUACCAGAACCGGAAGUGAGCGAUAGAACAACUGUAAUGCUCUAUGAGAGAAGGUAUAAAAGAAAUCCCUUUGUAGUUAAUUUUCGGCCAUCCUUAUUGUUUUCUCAAGAAAACGAGCAAGAAGCGCAAAGAUGCGAACCGAUCAUCGAAGAACCGGCAUCACCAGAACCAGAAUAUACAAUGCCAGACAUUGAGGAUUAUCCUUGGGACAAUAACAACGUUGCAAUGUCUACGAUCUUGGAAAAUGAUCCUUGGGAAGAUAAGGAUAUAAUUCCUACAAUCAUGCUCAACAAGGAAGCAGUUACAUCAACGGAUUUGGUGGUACUAAGCACACAAGCAGCAGCAAUACCUACACGUAAACUCAAGAUCAUGGAAAAGCUACGUACAGAGCACCUUGUUUACGAGCUCCCUGACUACCAUUCCAUUCUACAAGGGUUUGAGAGGCGAGAAGAUGAGGAUAUAGUUCCCUAUCUGUUAGCCAUUUGGACUCCAGGUGAAACUGAAAAUUCCAUUCAACUGCCUAAACAAAGAUGUGAAUUCCAAGGAGACAACAGUACAUUGUGUCAUGAAAAGAAAUGUUUCGAAUGCAACAAGAUACGGGAAGAGCAAUCACAAAUAGUGCGAGGAACUAUCUUGAUACCUUGCAGGACAGCAAUGAGAGGAGGCUUCCCACUGAAUGGCACCUACUUCCAGACCAAUGAGGUUUUUGCGGACCAUGGCUCUAGUAUCAACCCAAUUCACGUCCCAAGAGAACUGAUAUGGAAACUACCCCAAAGAAUCGCAUACUUUGGAUCUUCUGUAAGCUCGAUUUGUAAAGGUUUAACAGUGGAGAAUAUCCGAGAGAAUUUCAAGAGUGGAUAUGUUUGCGUGAGGGGAUUCGACAGGGUGAAUCGUAAGUCAAAGACUCUAGCGAAAAGACUGCACUGCACAAAGAGCAAACAUAAUUAGACAUUGGAUUCAUGGGUUUUAAAGGGUAUACAUCAAAGGUUCAUAGCUUUUUUCAUCAUCUUUCAGAUUCUUGCAACUCUUAGGAAAAAAAAAACAAUGUUUAUUUUUAUUUGGUUCUUUGCCAUAGUUUUGGGCAAUGGAUGUUUGGUUUUGAACUCAUCUUUCUUUUUAGUCAUUUAACAGAAAAAUUUGCUGCAGCAGCAAUUCAUAUUUAAUCAUAUCAAAAUGUAGUCGUUUUUUAAUCUGCA